AUGGAUCCUAUCAAAUAUUUCACAUUUUCUAUGAUUAUUUCUAUUUUAGGUAUUCGGGGAAUCCUCCUUAAUAGACGAAAUAUUCCUAUUAUGUCAAUGCCAAUUGAAUCAAUGUUAUUAGCUGUGAAUUCGAACUUUUUGGUAUUUUCCGUUUCUUCGGAUGAUAUGAUGGGUCAAGUAUUUGCUUCAUUGGUUCCAACGGUGGCAGCUGCGGAAUCCGCUAUUGGGUUAGCCAUUUUCGUUAUAACUUUCCGAGUCCGAGGGACUAUUGCUGUAGAAUUUAUUAAUAGCAUUCAAGGUUAA